AACACGGUUCCAAAUAUAUCCACCCCUCAACCCGGCUUCUCGCUAGAAAGAGCCGGAGGGAGGUCGUCAGUGUCUAAAGAAAUCUGAAUUUACUGUUUUAUGAACACUGUCUGCUGCAGAAAUGUUGCUGUAGAUUGCUUUAUAACGGUUCAGCAAGAAGGGAGGUUUUCCAGCUUGCAGGACCCAGGAAACUGGAUACUUAAAGUCACUUAAAUGUUUUAACAGCGUUGGAAAAUGGGAGCUGCUACUAAGUUGGCGUUCGCUGUUUUUCUUAUCUCUUGUUCUUCAGGUGCCAUACUUGGCAGAUCAGAAACACAAGAGUGUAUCUACUACAACGCUAAUUGGGAAAAAGAUAAAACAAAUCGCAGUGGUAUUGAACCUUGUUAUGGUGAUAAAGAUAAAAGACGACACUGUUUUGCUACAUGGAAGAAUAUUUCUGGAUCAAUUGAAAUUGUGAAGCAAGGUUGCUGGCUAGAUGACAUCAAUUGUUAUGACAGGAAUGAUUGCAUAGAGAAGAAAGACAGCCCUGAAGUGUUUUUCUGUUGUUGUGAAGGCAAUAUGUGUAAUGAACGCUUUUUCUAUUUUCCAGAAAUGGAGGUCACGCAACCAACUUCCAAUCCUGUUACACCUAAGCCACCUCUGUUCAAUACCUUGCUUUAUUCAUUGGUGCCUAUAAUGGGAAUUGCAGUGAUUGUGCUCUUUUCGUUUUGGAUGUACAGACAUCACAAGCUAGCGUAUCCUCCACCAUAUUUUUUUUUAAAUCUUCAAGAGGAUCCUGGACCACCACCACCUUCACCGUUGAUGGGUUUGAAGCCAUUGCAGUUACUAGAGAUCAAAGCUAGGGGAAGAUUUGGAUGCGUAUGGAAAGCUCAACUACUAAAUGAGUACGUUGCGGUCAAAAUAUUCCCUAUUCAGGACAAACAGUCAUGGCAGAACGAAUAUGAAAUUUACAGUUUACCUGGAAUGAAGCAUGAGAAUAUUUUGCAGUUCAUCGGUGCAGAGAAACGAGGCACUAGCAUUGAUGUCGAUCUCUGGUUAAUUACAGCAUUUCAUGAAAAGGGUUCAUUAACAGACUUUCUCAAGGCUAAUGUGGUUUCUUGGAAUGAGCUAUGUCACAUUGCUCAAACUAUGGCUAGAGGCUUGGCUUACCUUCACGAGGAUAUACCAGGGCUAAAAGACGGGCAUAAACCUGCCAUCUCACAUAGGGACAUCAAAAGCAAGAAUGUGCUGCUGAAAAAUAACCUUACCGCUUGUAUUGCUGAUUUCGGUCUAGCUCUAAAGUUCGAGGCUGGAAAGUCUGCAGGGGAUACACACGGACAGGUUGGUACACGAAGGUAUAUGGCUCCUGAGGUACUAGAAGGUGCUAUAAACUUCCAAAGGGAUGCGUUUUUGAGAAUAGAUAUGUAUGCCAUGGGAUUAGUCCUCUGGGAACUGGCAUCCCGCUGUACUGCCUCAGAUGGCCCAGUAGAUGAGUACAUGUUGCCAUUUGAAGAAGAAAUUGGCCAGCAUCCCUCCCUUGAAGACAUGCAGGAAGUUGUAGUUCAUAAAAAGAAGAGACCUGUGUUAAGAGAGUGUUGGCAAAAACAUGCUGGAAUGGCGAUGCUUUGCGAAACGAUAGAGGAGUGCUGGGAUCACGAUGCGGAAGCCAGGUUGUCAGCGGGUUGCGUAGAAGAACGGAUUAUUCAGAUGCAAAAAUUAACUAACAUUAUCACAACAGAGGACAUUGUGACUGUGGUCACAAUGGUGACAAACGUUGACUUUCCUCCCAAAGAAUCCAGUCUAUGAUAGUUGCACUGGUCAUGUAACUGACCGCCAGGACUCUUCACUGGAGCUGCUAACGCUAACGGGACUGCUUACGUCAUUACUGUUUUCUGUGUGAAAAGAAUGGUAAGUCUCUCUGGAACAUCACCAAGAGGUGUUUUCCCUUUAUUUCCCCUUCCUCCUCCCCAACAUGGAUCCAUGAGACUUUUUGCAUUCCCUGCUUACACCUGAAGGACAUGUGACUGAGGAACGGUAACAUGCGGCUAAGGAACUUACAUGAAGAAUACGGACCUGAACUGGCUAAUCAAGCGUUUUAAAAACUGACAUCAGAUUUCUUAAUACCUGUCGGAGAGACUAAUUCCUU